GUGAUGUGAUCGUAGAGAUCAACAGUACGUGUGUGCUGGGUAAGACCCACCCGGAGGUGGUCCUGAUGUUCCAGUCUGUCCCCGUCAGCCAGUACGUGGACAUGGUGCUCUGCAGGGGCUACCCUCUGCCUCCGGACGUGGACCUGACCAGCGACGACCCCCCGCCCCCGCCCCCCCCCAGCCCCGGCCUCCAGGGGGGCGAGGUGGUGACGGCCGUGCCCCUCCUCAACGGCCAGCCUCUCCUGGUGGAGGGAGAGGCCUUGCUCGGCUCCUCCCAGGAGCUCCACUACGUGACCACCGACGCAAGCGGGCGGCCCGUGGUGGCCGCUCUGCCCAGCGGGGGGCGCCAAGCCGAGGCUGGGGGGGCCAUGCUGCAGCCGGAGCUGGUCAACGUGCCCCUCAUGAAGGGGCCAGGGGGGUUUGGGUUUGCCAUCGCAGACUGCCCCCUGGGCCAGAAGGUGAAGAUGAUCCUGGAUGCACAGUGGUGCCGCGGUCUGCUGAAGGGGGAUGUCAUCAAGGAGGUGGAACACCACAACGUGCAGACCCUCAGCCACGCCCAGGUGGUGGACAUCCUGAAGGAGCUGCCGGUGGGGAGGGAGGUCAACCUGCUGGUGCUGAGAGGAGGUCACACCUCCCCUGUUAAGAGCCUCAAACCUAAACAGGAGAUGACAACUAGCACCCACAGUCUGGACUGUCUCCCUGACUCCGCCCCCCAGCCUCUGCCCUACCACGCCCUCACGCUAGGCUUCGCCUCCCCCAAGAGGGAUGCUACAGAGAUGUACCUCAAGUCCCGUGCCCUGCUGGAGAGCAAGCAACCCUUCACCAGAGACCUGGAUGUGUUCAUCAGGAGGGACCAGGAGACAGGCUUCGGUUUCCGUGUCCUGGGAGGAGAGGGGCCGGAGCAGCCAGUGUACAUCGGUGCCAUCAUUGCCAUGGGAGCGGCAGAGAAGGACGGGCGUCUGCGAGCAGGAGACGAGCUGAUUGGUAUUGACGGCAUCAUGGUGAAGGGACGCUCCCACAAGCAGGUGCUCGAUCUGAUGACCAACGCUGCUCGCAACGGACAGGUGCUGCUCACCGUCCGCAGGAAGGUCAUCUACAGAGACGCCACGGAGGAGGAGGCCUUUCAGAGCCUGCCCCCAGCACUGGCCAACGGCUCCCCCCGCCUUCCCCGCCUGCAGCCCACCUUCAGCAGCUUGGACCAGCCCACCUUCAGCAGCUUGGACCAGCCCACCUUCAGCAGCUUGGACCAGCCCACCUUCAGCAGCUUGGACCAGCCCACCUUCAGCAGCUUGGACCAGCCCUCCUUCGACAUCACGCUGCACCGCAGGGACAGCGAGGGCUUUGGAUUCGUCAUUCUCACGUCCAAGAGCCGCCCUCCGCUGGGAGUGAUCCCUCACAAGAUCGGCCGCAUCAUCGAGGGCAGCCCGGCAGAGCGCUGCGGCGUGCUGAACGUGGGAGACCGCAUCUCUGCAGUGAACGGGCGCUCCAUCAUCGAGCUGUCACACAACGACAUCGUGCUGCUCAUCAAAGAGGCUGGCCUCUGUGUCACACUCACCGUGGUCCCCGAGGAUGAGUACAAGGGCCCCCCGUCAGGAGCCAGCUCAGCUAAGCAGAGCCCCGCCCCCCAGCACAGGACCCUGUCUGCCCAACAGGACGAGCAUUUCAACUUGGACCUGGAGGAGAACAGAGAGGAAGUCAGCUGGUCAGAAUACAAGACACUUCCUGUGGGCAACCAAGGAACACUGUGUGUUACAGGCCCCAAACAGGACUGCCUGACAGUGGAGCUGGAUCGGGGAGAGAGGGGGUUUGGGUUCAGCCUGCGCGGGGGGACAGAGUACAACAUGGGGCUGUACAUCCUGCGCCUGGCAGAAGACGGCCCAGCCCAGAUGGACGGCAGGAUCAGAGUGGGGGACCAGAUAGUGGAGAUCAACAGGGAGCCCACCCAGGGCAUCUCUCACACCCGGGCCAUAGAGCUGAUCCAGGCUGGGGGCAGUAAGGUUCUGCUGCUGCUCUGCCCCGGGGCAGGCCUGGCACAGGACAGCAGUGAGUCUGCACUUCCUGGUACACCUCACUCACUUCCUGGUCUGCGGACACCGACUGCCAUUUCACCCGCCAGUUCGCCCAGAGACACGCCUCCCCUCCUCUCUCCUCUCCACGCUAGCUCCACCAUGUCAGGUUCCUCUGCCCCCCCGGCCCCCCGUCCUUACACCAGCAGGGGCCCAGGGGAGGGGGGCAGGGAGCAGGGGGACCAGCCGGAGGACAGUCCGCCCCCCAACAGCCUCUCCACCCACCGUCAGGAACCCAGACGCCCAAAAACAGCAGGGGACACACCGUCCCUCCCCAAAGCCAAAGAGCGCUCAAACAGUCCCAAAAAACACCAGAGGAGUAAACAGGAAGUGGAACAAAGCAAGACAAACAGGAAGUCCCACCCACAGAAAGAAAGCAGGUCCCCCAGCCCCAGGAAGGCACCUGGAGCUGGACAGGAAGUGGCAAGAGUUUAUCAACAGGCAGACAGACCACAAAGGCAGCAGAGGAAGGAUGCCAGCGGAGAGGUUAAAGAAAAGAAGUUCGCUAAACGAGGGGAUGCCAGGGGCAGGAGCUGUCGGGGGGGCGAGGAGGGCGAGGCUGCCACUGAGCUGGUUGCUAGUAGCGAGAAGACCGGGGCCGAGGCCCGGCGUGACCCUCCCAGGGAGAAGCAGGGGGGAGGGGGGGGAGAGGCAGGCACAAGGCCUGCUGAGGGGAGGAGCCAGGCCAGCAAAGACCCGGGUCGGGAGGUCUGGAAAGCAGAGACUGGCGAAAGAGAGGAGAGGAGCAGGAGGGAAAGCAAGACUUCCUCUAAAGAGGAGCGGAGCAGAGAGGAGUCUGCAGCCACCUCCCCUCGCAGCUCCCAGGGGCCUCCUGACCCCAGGGCCCCCCUGAGCCCGGGCCCCUGGAGAGUGCCCUGCUCUGCCAGGAUCCUGUCCCACGCAGAGGCCCUGAGGGGCCCGCUCUGACACACCUCCACACGGCCCAACACUAAACCAAACCUACAACUGUGUUUUUCUUCAUUUUAGAGUGCUGGUGAUUUUUUGGGGUGGGGUGGGGUGGGGUGGUGGGGUGGCUGUUUUGACUUGAAGCUCCUCUGGUCUUCUGUGUCCUCAAUGUUCCUGUGCAGGACUUGGGUCUUACCUCUUUGACAGUGCAUCUGCAUGUAGCACAACUGCUCGCUCUCUCUCUCUUAACUCUUUUUCUUAACUCUCUUUUCUUUCCCCCGUCAGCGCAGGGCCAUGGUCAGACUAACCCUAACCCUGAUGUGAAUAUAUGUGCCAAUGUAGGGAUGUCGACUAUAGACAGCCAGGCCUCAGCUGUUACGAUGCAACCUUCCCAUAUGCAACUGAGGACAGGAGCCCUGCCUCCGACCUGCUCCAAGGUCUUUGGGUUGAGGGGGGUUAGCGCCGUGCCCCCACCUCCACCGGUGUCUUCGCUCAGUUGCAUGUCACGUCCACGCAUCUUCGGGUUUUACUUGCAAACUUCCGUUCAGCGGCACUGCGGACGCCUGCUCCUGCUUGUAGGUAGAUCACUAUGAUGACCAUGUGACCUUCUGUCCAGGCAGGGCCGAGCCCAGACAACAGUCCUUGCCAGGAUUUUAGACUGUUCUAAGACUAUUGUAGAGACAAUUCCUUCUCGUUAUAAAAUAUAUCACUACAGAAGACCAGAAGCUUGUGGUUUGAGAUAUUGUUUACCACAUGUAUGAUUACCUUAUGUGUAAUUUAUUUAAAUUCUAGAUUAAUAUGUGUAUCUGUAGCCGUACUGAAACACUCCACAUUUUGCUCUAGAUCUCAGAGGUCGGUUGGGACCGAUCUUCUCAUGUAUCCUACUUCUAGUAACUUCCAUGGGUCUUCACACAAAUUGCCAUGUGUUUACCACAAGUUUGCCAUAGCUCAAAAUAUGUGUUUUUAUUGUUGACAAAAAUGUGAGAAUUGUCAUAUUUUACAGAAUUUUACAGUUUUGGUGUUUGACCGGUCUGUUUAAAUGCACCACACACUUUCCUGCGUAGCGUUCUAGGACCACUAUGACAUGUGACUGCUCAGAGAGUCUGAUCUCUACAGGUGGGGUCUGAUCUCUACAGGUGGGGUCUGAUCUCUACAGGUGGGGGGGUCUGAUCUGUACAGGUG